AUGCCUCGACUCCUGAGAGAUGUCCUCUGUGUAAUUGAGACAUUCCACAAGUAUGCCAGGGAGGAUGGUGAUGAGGUGACCCUGACCUGCAGAGAGCUUAAACAGCUCAUCCAGAGAGAGUUUGGGGAUAUUCUUCAGCCACGUGUCGUUAACGCUGUGGAGAGAAACUUGAAUCUUCUGGCUCUAGACAAUGAUGGCACCAUCAGUUUUAAUGAAUUCGUCCUUACAAUCUUCAACUUGUUGAACCUCCAUUAUCUUGACAUACAUUCAUUACUAAAUCCAGAGCCAAGACAAGUGCCUAACCCAGAAGAGAAGCCAGAUGACAUGGAGGCCCAGGAAGAAAGCGAGAGAAAGACUCAGCCACCAGCCCUGAAAGGUGAAGCACAGAAUGGAAAGUAUCAGGAACUCCAGGAAUCAUCAAAAGAAAGGGAUGCUGAAGAAGGUUCUAAUUCAGAAGAGUUACAAUCAGAAGAUCAGAAGCAUCCUGAAAUUAAAGGGGCAGUCACCCCAGGAAAUGAGGCAAGAUAUGCAAAUGAAGGGACAGCAGAAACACUUGAGAGCAAGAAAAAGGCCCCUGCAGCAGAAAGGGCACCAGGAGUAAGAGAAAGAGUACGGGAGUUGUCAUCACUUGAGAACCAGUCUGGAGGGGAAAAUACGAGGGUCACCAAGACACAUGACAAGCCAGUCAAGGAGAAUGAUGGUAACCAGGGCAAGGAUCCUGAGCCAACAGCCACAGAGAAUGAUAAAAAGUCUUCUGAAACCCCCAACAGCCUGACUCCAGAUGAUGGUGACAGCAGCUCAGGGACAAGUGAUCUGCUUCUGCAAGAGGAUUCCCAGAGUCAAGUAGACUCACUCAGAGAGUCUGCACAAGGAAGUCACCAUAAUAACCCAAACACUCAUAAACAGGUAGCACUGGGUAAGAAAAACGGAACUCAGGAGGCAGAUGGAGGGGAGGAUGAGCAUCUCACCGAGGAACAGGAACAGCCUGAAGGAGAAGAGCACAGGAUUCAGGGCUCAGCAACAAAAGGCCCAGGCCCAGCUGUGGAGCCCAGUGGAUACCCAGAAGCACAGACACACCUUGAAACAGAGAAAUUUGUCACAUGGGAGGAAGAAGAUAAAAGCCCUCAAAAGCUGGCAGGAGAAGUUGAUGGCCAACAAAAUCUAGCCAAGAAGGAACAUGAUUCUUCAAUCUUCCAGUCGGGCCUUGAAGAGAGGACUCAGAGGAGCUAAGAACCCUGUUCUUCAGAGAGAGGUACAGUGUAGUCCAAUCCACUUUACAAGUCAGAAGAGAAGAUACUGCAGCAAACACACACAACCAAAAAGGAGAAUCAAAAUCAAGUUCAGACAUCCAGGGUAUUAGGUCCAGAGCUCUGCAAUGACCAUUUCAGCAAUGAGAUCUCAGAUUGUUUUGUCUUUUUCAGUGAUAGAUAAGCUUUACAACAGUACACCAAGGAACUUCUGCCUAGUAAGGAUUCUGCUGAUGCACAGCAAACAUCAGCUCCCGAGGCUUUGGAAGAUAAGCAAGGCCACCCACAAAGAAAGGGGAGCACCACAAAGCAAUGA